CGCUGAGAGGAGUGGUGGCCCGCCCCGUUGUCGGAUGCGCUGAGGCGAUGUUGCCGAGGCGGCAGCGGCUGCUCUCGAGGCCGGCGGAGGGCGGCGUCUUCGCGGCCAGCCUUCUCGUCCUGCUGCUCUGCUCGCCUCACGGCGCCUGCCUGCGACGCUCCGGGGAACGGGCCCCGGGCCCCCCGGUCUUGCUGGUGCCCGGGGAUUUGGGUAACCAACUAGAAGCGAAGUUGGACAAACCCUCCGUGGUACAUUACCUCUGUUCCAAGAAGACAGACAGUUACUUCACAUUGUGGCUGAACUUAGAACUGCUUCUUCCUGUGAUCAUCGACUGCUGGAUUGACAAUAUCAGGCUGCUGUACAAUCGAACAAGUGGAACCACUGAACCGCCUGAGGGGGUGGAUAUCAAAGUUCCUGGGUUUGGGCAGACUUUUUCCUUGGAGUUUCUUGACCCUAGUAAAAGAAGUGUUGGAACCUACUUCUACACACUAGUGCAGCAUCUGGUAAAUUUGGGCUAUCAACGAGAUGACGAUGUUCGAGGUGCUCCCUACGACUGGCGGAAGGCACCAAAUGAGAACAGAGACUACUUUGUGGCCCUCCAGAAGCUGAUAGAGACAAUGUAUGAAGAGUUCCAAGAACCAGUGGUCUUAGUCGCCCACAGCAUGGGAAAUAUGUACACUCUCUACUUCCUCAGCCAACAGCCUCAGGAUUGGAAAGACAAGCACAUAAGGGACUUUGUGUCACUGGGUGCUCCAUGGGGAGGUGUGGCUAAAACGCUCCAUGUAUUGGCAUCAGGAGACAACAACAGGAUCCCCGUCAUCAGCUCCCUUAAGAUCAGAGACCAGCAGAGAUCUGCCGUUUCGACCAACUGGUUGCUCCCUUACAACUACACCUGGUCUCCCGACAAGAUCUUUGUCAGCACGCCAACUGCCAACUACACCAUUCAGGAUUUCCAAAAGUUCUAUAGAGACAUCGGCUUUGAAGAUGGCUGGUUCAUGAGACAGGAGACUGAAUCCCUGGUCUAUGAGAUGCCUCCCCCAGGGGUGCGCAUACACUGUCUUUACGGCACUGGCAUUGAGACCCCUGACUCGUUCGUCUACGAGAUCUUCCCAGACAAGGAGCCGAAGAUAGGCUACGGCGACGGCGACGGAACGGUUAACGUAGAAAGUGCUUUGCAUUGUCGGAAGUGGGUGGGAAAGCAGGAGCAGAAGGUGAUACUUCAAGAGCUGCCAGGAAGCGAACACAUCGAGAUGCUUUAUGAUCCCAGAACCAUUUCUUACAUAGAAAACAUUCUCAGUGGCUCUUGACACAGUGUAGGGCACCCUUUUUCUUCACAACAUUAACUUGAGGGGUCGAUUCCAAGCAGGGGGAGAUGCUUGUUUUGCCCCCCCCCCCUUUAAAAAGCCCUUUUACUAGGUCGGUUGGGAAGCCGCUUUGGUUUCAGCAAUCAUUCGUCUUGGAUUAGCGCACAUGCUCAGACCAUUGGUGUCCUACAUUUAAAAAAAACCCUGAUCCCAGCUGUAUCUGGGCAGCUCUGGCACAUUCUCACAUGUUGAUUCACAUGGACAAUGUGCUGCGUUCAUUGGUCUCCCGGAUGAGGGGAAGAUUUCUCUCUUUCCAUGUUGUAAUGUGAGAGAGAUGUUGCUAGAACGUAAAGGUUGCAAGCUCUGCUUCAUUAGUCCACAUAGGGAAAGCUGUUACUAAGCGUGUGACAAACUCUCAUGGAUUUUAACUUGACAUUAGUUCGGCCACGUUUCAGCCAGACACAUUGCUUUUUGGUGAAGUUGCCUUCCUACUGGGAUCUACUAAUGCUGAAGGAAAAUGGACAGUUUAGUCCUUACCUAUGGGGUAGAAUGAAAGUUCAAAGGCUGCUGACAGUGAGGUCUUAAUUAGUACUGAGCCUAGGAGUUCACUGCUUGGAAGGUGUAGCGCUGCAGGUUUUCAGGGUCGAUGUUCACCAGCUGAGAGCGGUCUCCGUGCUCUGUUGAGAUCCACCGGCUGGCAGCCCCUGGGGAUGCUUGAUCGGGCUGCAUACAGGGGGAUGACCGACUCUCCUCCAGCCAGAUGUAAACCCCCGCCCCCACACACACACCCUGCCCCAAUCCUCACCAGAUGCAAGUAUAUUUUGCUAAGUAUUUUGUUCUCCCAUGUAAGUUGUCCUUGCCACUGCAGGCCUUAUAUAUUCCAGACGGAGUUAAACAGGCUUGUAGAGAGCGAAUUCUUUCUGGAAAUCUUGGUGGUUUGCAGUGUCCUGUUGGAAUCUUCUUUCCUUGUUCUUUAACUCUUCCACUCUGUUCCAUGGGCUCCUUAGAGGAGGGGAAACUGAACAGUGAAGUAAUGGGGCCCCCUAGCAGCUCACGCUCUGGUUCCAGUGCUGUAACGUGCAGCCAGAGUCUUGUGACGUGUCCCUAGAAAAAGCCGUAUACAGGCAGAGAGAUGUCUGAGCCAGCCCUGCCUUCUGGCCUGGCCGUGGGACUGACAGUUCUUCCCAGCGCAAACGGAGAUCAGAAUCUGUACAUGUUACUGCUGAUGUCCCAAAUAAGGGUUCACAGCCCGGAAAAAAAUGGUGCCUAACAGCUGCAGAGCCAGAAGCAAACCAUCUUGCCUUGAACUUGGCAUACUGCAGGCGAUCGGUUGCUUCGUGGUGUUUGGAAGCCUUAAAUGUACAAAAAGGAAAUGUUUCUCCACUCAGUGACUACACAGAGCAAUGAGGGAGUGGGGGCUUUCCCUUGAAGCUUGUGCCAAGUUCAGUGGUCAGACUUGUGGAUGUUUAGCCCAGUUCUCUCAGUAAGCAAGAAGGCGGAGGAAACAGUCGUAGACCCAGAGAAGUCAUUCUGGUGUUCCUAGUUUUCAGGGUUCAUCCUGGCCAACUUGUUACAAGAAGAAUGCCGUGAUCGCUCACAGGUUGAAAGUGGAGUUCUGUUACUGGUCUUGCGUGUAACCUUUUUCCAUUUCACCUCUCAAACUUUAUGGUUAUCCAGGUCUCAGACAUCAUGGAUUAUUGUUACAAAUGCAGUUAGUUAUCAUUAGCGUAACGGUCCUUUUAGAAAUCAAGGUAGCUAUGUUCAGUGUGGUUUUUCUUGCCUUACGAAAUGCCCAAUUUUGUUUGGUUUUCUGUUCUUUGGCAACUGGUGGAAGCUAAAGCUCACAACUGCAAACACUAUGGGUGUGCAUAGUAACUGCGCAGGUUCUUCCAUCAGACGUUUUUGCACGCCUAGCCCUCGGAGAUUAUCUCCUCAAGCCGUGUCUUUGAUUUGUCAAACAUAAGCCUGUUACUUUUUUUUCUUGAGUUUAAUUUUGUCAAGAUCUCGUGCAAAUACAGCCUGCUAAACUGGCCAGGCUAUGAUUAUAGUUCUUAAAUGGGCCAUACAUCCAGCUUCUUGUCUUAAGACAGUUUCCUUUUGACCUUUGCAGCCUCAAGGUACCGUUGUGCUUAACGCCAUGCAUAUGGGUGUAGCUGAAACCUUCCCCUUCAAAGGGCGAGGUGGAGUUCCUGGGAUAACACAGCUGCUUAUUUCUUGUCCGCAGCCCAUCCAACGGGUAAAUCCGU